CCCGUGAACGCCUCAGGGCAGACAGCAGGCAGCAGCUGCGCGAGCUGAGAAGCGAAAGUCGCCCUGUGUGCGGAAAGCGAAGGAAGGAAAGAAGAGUAAAGCACGUUUCGGGGCGUUUCUCUUACUUUUUUUUCCAUUUGAUAAGUUCGUUUCAAACCGCAGGACGAGUAUAACGCGUUUCCUGUUUCAGAAAGUUGACUUUAGUCGACCUUUAAAUGCUCGGGACGCAGUGACAGCUUGGUCUACAACACAGCCGGAGACUCUAAAGUCACAGCCAUGGAGGACGGGGGGAAGAGCCGCCUGCAGCAGGCGCAGGAGGAGGUGGAGGAGGUGAAGGGGAUAAUGCUCGACAACAUGAACAAAGCUGACGAGAGAUCCGGCAAACUGAACGACCUGGAGCAGCAGGCUGAGGAUCUUCUGGAGAAGGGUAAAGUUUUUGAAAAGAAAUCCCACCAGGUGAAGCAGCAGAAAAAAAUGGCCAACAAGAAGAUGAAAAUUGUGUUCAUUGUCGUCGGCGUGGUGGCAGGACUCGUCGUCUUGGGACUUGUAAUUUAUGCCAUUGUACCAUCAAAUUAAAUGCAGAAGAUCUUUGGCAGCUGAAAGGGGAAAAGUUACGAGCCGAAGGAGAGUUGAUGAGUAACGACCCAGGAAACGACAAGCUGUACAUGUGGGACUUUGCUGCACAAUAUGUGAAAUAAUUGUUAUGAGAUAUUUAUGGAAACGUUUUUUCCACUCCUCCCUUCUUCAAGUCUUCUGUUGAUAUGGUACAGUUAAUUGCUUUCUUGGAUGUUCUUCCCAGUUAAACCUCUUCACAUAUCAUAAAUAAAGUAAAAAGCAGUUCCUGCAUGAAUUGACUGUUUUCAAGGUGUUUUUCACCGCCCCCUCCCCCUUUAAGAUGUCUUUCAUGAGCAUCUGUUAAGAUUGCAUCCCCUUUGACCAAGGUUUUAUACAUAUCUUUAUACAGAUAUAAUUUGCAUCCUCCUCUUGUUUGAAUCAUUUUACAAAGAAUUCGGCAGAAGACAGAAUAUAACAUACCUCUUGUGCGUCCUUAGGAAAUCUAGGAUUGGGGGAAAUGAACGGGACAUUAUCCUUGUGACAUCAAAUUCCAGCUGUAAAAAUAACUGCAUAUUAGAUUUUCUUUUUUGUUGUUUCAAUUUGGUAGUUAGUUCCUCGUUAACAUAUGUGGUUUCCUUGUAUUUUUUUUAUUAAUCUGAGUAAUAUUUUUAUUAUUGCACUGCAUUUGCAUAUAAGGAAAAAGCGUGUCAUACAAAAACUUCAUUCAUUAAAAAAUGUGGAUGAACAGCAGA